UGAACUUAUAUGACUGACGUGCAACAAGAAAAAAUGAAUUCUGGUACGUGCUCUUCUCUUCCAAAUGACCAAUCGUUGUACGUGUAUGACUCCAUCAAGUUUCAAUUCAUUAUCUGACCAGAGCAAUGACGUUGCAAGCGUAGAACGUUCUGUGUCAUCGUCACAUCAGUCCACUAAUUACCUAAUGGAUUCCCCUUUGAUUAACUGCCCUUCAAGUUACCAAAGGGACAAUGGUGUAUACACAAUGGACAUUGUAAUACGUGAACCAAAUUUGGAUAACGAUGACAAUUCUACGGUUGACUUGUCUGCAAAUGAUAUUUGCACCAACCUUGAUUUCCAAGUUGUAACUCGCUUUGAUCCAACUAAAAUUGAGUUGGAUGCGAUUUAUGAGAACAAGGGCGAUUUAAUAUACCAUCUCAAAAUGUUGGCAAUCUCUAACCUGUUCCAGUUCCAUACUAAGAGGUCGACCAAGAAGCUUCUCCACGUCGUUUGUGUGGAAAACAGGUACGAUCAUGAACAUCAUUGCCCAAUCGAUGCACGCCAGGGUAGAACACGUCAAGCUACGUAUGAUAUCAUUGCUGAUUUAGUCAAAUACAAGUACAGUGAUGCUACCAACAAACCAUACCCGCCUAAGGCCAUUAUAACAGACAUGUGUAGGGAUCACGGCAUUUCCAUGUCAUACAAGAAAGCAUGGUCUGCUAAGAAGAAAGCAAUGCAGCUUGCAUUCGGUAGUGAUGCAGAGUCGUACGCCAUGCUGCCAGCCAUGUGUUACAUGCUCAAUCGGGCAAAUCCAGCCCUCAGUAUACGACCUGUGCAAUACAUUUUAUCUGACCGUCAUGGUGGGAUCAUCAAGGCUGCUAAGGCACAUUUCCCUCGUGUUCCUCAUGGUCAUUGUGUUCAUCACAUUUUGGGGAAUAUUAAAUCACAAUUCAAUGGUUCUGAGAAAGCACUGAGAUGGAAAUUUUUUGCUGCUGCACGCGCACCCACAAAGUCCUACUGUGAUCGAUACCUGACCCUACUAGACGAUGAGGAUCCGAGGAUUAGACCAUAUUUAUAUUCCAUCGGCAUGGAGAAGUGGGCCAGAUCAUGUUUCAAUGUGAGCCGCUAUUCCAUAAUGACGUCGAACAAUGCAGAGUCCAUGAAUAGUGUUAACGCGACCCCCCGGGAAUACCCCAUCGCUCAGCUUGUUGAUUUCAUUGUUGGACGAAUGCAAAAAUGGUUUCACGAUCGUAGGGAACUUGCUCAUUCAACAUCUACUAUUUUGACCAAACAAUGUGAAUCUGAUCUCCUUGCUCUACAUGUGGCAUCUGCGGUUAUGACGGUUCGGCCGUCAUGCUCAUAUGAGUACUUGGUUGUUGAUAAAAAAGGAAGGUCUUAUGUUGUCAAUUUCCGUGCUUAUCAUGUUAUGACUACAUAUCCCCAUUCUACACAAGUGUGGAGUGGAAACUUGCGUAUAAUGGAGUCAUACACCCAGUUCCUACUAGAGACUCAUGGAUAGUCCCUGAUGAAGUCGCCACUAUCCCAUGUUUUCCGCCUUCAUGCACUAAACGUCCACCAAGAAGGCCAAAAAAGAGACGGAUUCCAUCUAAUGGAGAGAGGAGGAGGCAGACUUGUUCACGUUGCACAAUGUCCGGACAUAACAAAAAAACAUGUACUAAUCCACUUCCAGUACGUCGUUCGUGAGCAAAAUCAAUCUUGCACCACAGAGUUUUAGGUUCCUUAACAGAAGAAAUGCAUUUCACUUUU